AUGCUAUAAUUAAUAAAUAUUAAUAAUACUGAGUCUAUUGUUAAAAUAUCAAAAAAAAAUAGCUAACCAAACUCUUCCUUAGAGGAAAAUUACGUACGUUAUUGUUUAGUGACUGAAGAUUAUUUAAAAGGAUUCGAGAGUCAGUAUAAAUAGCCAAAAUAGAUAAAUAGUGGCUAUUAAUAGUAAUAACCCUUCUAAUAACAGUCGAAUUAUUCAGGAAACUACCCUUCUUAAUCUAAUUAGAUAUACUAACAACAAUAACCUCUCUAAUAGCAUAGGAUAUAACAAUAAUUAUUUUAUUAGCCACCAAUUUAAUACUACCCACCAUACCAACAGGAUAACUAUCCAUUAUAAUAAUCUAGAUCAUAAUUAUAGAAUUAUUAAAACAAUAAUCAAAAACUUCAAAGUUUAACAUUUGCUGAUUGGGUAUGGCAGAAAGGUAUAAUACCAUAUAAUAUUGAUGAAUCCUUUACAUAUCAGAUGAGAAAGGCCUUAUAAUGAGCAAUUAACGAAUUUGAAUAAAAAACUCCUAUUCGAUUUGUUAAAAUACGUAAUCCUCGAGAAUAUAAUCAAUAUGUAAAAUAUUAUAAAAGCCGAAAUAAUUAGAGUUAUGUAUUAUGGAUUGGGAGAUCAUUAUCUAGAAAAGAACAUCCUGUUUAUAUAGAUGAUAAAUUUCCUUAUGGAACAUAUCUUCACGAAACAAUGUAUAUUCUGGGCUUUAAACAUGAAUAAUGUAGGUAGGAUAGAGAUAAUUAUGUCUCUGUAUAAUUUUCUGAAAAAAAUUCUCUGAACCUAAAGUAUUAAUAUGAAAAAAAGGGUUUUAUGAAGAGUGAUUAUGAUCCUCAAUCGAUUUUGCAUUACUAUUUAAAUAAAAACAUGAUAUCUAAAAGUGAAUAUAAGAAUUAUUAAUUUGGAUAAAGAUCAUAGUUAAGUGAAGGAGAUAUAAAUGCCAUUUAAUUGGUUUAUGGAAAAAGUUAAUGUACUUUUGAAGAUCUCAUAAUCAAUCGGAGUACAUUUUAAGAUCUACUUAAAACAAUUUUAAUUUAAACUUAAAAUCGUUUAUUUAGGAGUGUAAAGAAAAAAAUAUAAAAAGGGUGA